AUGCCGGGCCCUAAUGGUGGAGAAAAUGAAACCAUCCAGAAUAUAAUCUCUGCUGGUUAUCAUGUUUGUUCAACUCCAGAAGAGGUCCAGUGUAGAGCUGUUCUUUACCCAGGUCUUUCCAUGUCACAGGUGGGACAAGCUGUGACAUGCAAUAAAGAUGUAGGUCUCAUAUGCAACAACAAACAACAAGGGCUUCAGCAGGAGUGUUUUGACUACGAGAUUAAAUUUAAAUGCUGUAGGUGUCCAACACCAUCAACUGCCCCUAUAAAUAUUCCAACUUCAACACCUUCAACUACCACAUAUGUAGCACCUUCCAGCACAACUGAAACAAUUACAACUCAGAAACCUACAACUACUACAACUUCAACACCCACUACCACAACUGAAACAACUACAACUCAGACACCUACAACUACAACAACCACUACACCCUCUACAGCCACUGAAACAACUACAACUCAGACACCUACAACAACUACUCCACCCACUACACCUUCUACCACAUCUGAGAAGACAAGUACAACUCAGGCACCUACAACAACCACUACUGCCACUACACCUUCUACCGUAACUGAGACAACAACUACUACUAGGCUACCUACAACAACUCUUUGCCCAGGGGGACAUGAUAUGACGUGUGGCUGGUCAGAAUGGAUAAAUCUUGGCAAACCCACGCCAGGCCCUAAUGGUGGAGAAAAUGAAACCAUCCAGAAUAUAAUCUCUGCUGGUUAUCAUGUUUGUUCAACUCCAGAAGAGGUCCAGUGUAGAGCUGUUCUUUACCCAGGUCUUUCCAUGUCACAGGUGGGACAAGCUGUGACAUGCAAUAAAGAUGUAGGUCUCAUAUGCAACAACAAACAACAAGGGCUUCAGCAGGAGUGUUUCGACUACGAGAUUAAAUUUAAAUGCUGUAGGUGUCCAACACCAUCAACUGCCCCUACAAAUAUUCCAACUUCAACACCUUCAACUACCACAUACGUAGCACCUUCCAGCACAACUGAAACAAUUACAACUCAGAAACCUACAACUACUACAACCUCAACACCCACUACCACAACUGAAACAACUACAACUCAGACACCUACAACAACUACUCCACCCACUACACCUUCUACCACAUCUGAGAAGACAAGUACAACUCAGGCACCUACAACAACCACUACUGCCACUACACCUUCUACCGUAACUGAGACAACAACUACUACUAGGCUACCUACAACAACUCUUUGCCCAGGGGGACAUGAUAUGACGUGUGGCUGGUCAGAAUGGAUAAAUCUUGGCAAACCCACGCCAGGCCCUAAUGGUGGAGAAAAUGAAACCAUCCAGAAUAUAAUCUCUGCUGGUUAUCAUGUUUGUUCAACUCCAGAAGAGGUCCAGUGUAGAGCUGUUCUUUACCCAGGUCUUUCCAUGUCACAGGUGGGACAAGCUGUGACAUGCAAUAAAGAUGUAGGUCUCAUAUGCAACAACAAACAACAAGGGCUUCAGCAGGAGUGUUUCGACUACGAGAUUAAAUUUAAAUGCUGUAGGUGUCCAACACCAUCAACUGCCCCUACAAAUAUUCCAACUUCAACACCUUCAACUACCACAUACGUAGCACCUUCCAGCACAACUGAAACAAUUACAACUCAGAAACCUACAACUACUACAACCUCAACACCCACUACCACAACUGAAACAACUACAACUCAGACACCUACAACAACUACUCCACCCACUACACCUUCUACCACAUCUGAGAAGACAAGUACAACUCAGGCACCUACAACAACCACUACUGCCACUACACCUUCUACCGUAACUGAGACAACAACUACUACUAGGCUACCUACAACAACUCUUUGCCCAGGGGGACAUGAUAUGACGUGUGGCUGGUCAGAAUGGAUAAAUCUUGGCAAACCCACGCCGGGCCCUAAUGGUGGAGAAAAUGAAACCAUCCAGAAUAUAAUCUCUGCUGGUCAUCAUGUUUGUUCAACUCCAGAAGAGGUCCAGUGUAGAGCUGUUCUUUACCCAGGUCUUUCCAUGUCACAGGUGGGACAAGCUGUGACAUGCAAUAAAGAUGUAGGUCUCAUAUGCAACAACAAACAACAAGGGCUUCAGCAGGAGUGUUUCGACUACGAGAUUAAAUUUAAAUGCUGUAGGUGUCCAACACCAUCAACUGCCCCUAUAAAUAUUCCAACUUCAACACCUUCAACUACCACAUAUGUAGAACCUUCCAGCACAACUGAAACAAUUACAACUCAGAAACCUACAACUACUACAACCUCAACACCCACUACCACAACUGAAACAACUACAACUCAGACACCUACAACUACAACAACCACUACACCCUCUACAGCCACUGAAACAACUACAACUCAGACACCUACAACAACUACUCCACCCACUACACCUUCUACCACAUCUGAGAAGACAAGUACAACUCAGGCACCUACAACAACCACUACUGCCACUACACCUUCUACCGUAACUGAGACAACAACUACUACUAGGCUACCUACAACAACUCUUUGCCCAGGGGGACAUGAUAUGACGUGUGGCUGGUCAGAAUGGAUAAAUCUUGGCAAACCCACGCCAGGCCCUAAUGGUGGAGAAAAUGAAACCAUCCAGAAUAUAAUCUCUGCUGGUUAUCAUGUUUGUUCAACUCCAGAAGAGGUCCAGUGUAGAGCUGUUCUUUACCCAGGUCUUUCCAUGUCACAGGUGGGACAAGCUGUGACAUGCAAUAAAGAUGUAGGUCUCAUAUGCAACAACAAACAACAAGGGCUUCAGCAGGAGUGUUUCGACUACGAGAUUAAAUUUAAAUGCUGUAGGUGUCCAACACCAUCAACUGCCCCUACAAAUAUUCCAACUUCAACACCUUCAACUACCACAUACGUAGCACCUUCCAGCACAACUGAAACAAUUACAACUCAGAAACCUACAACUACUACAACCUCAACACCCACUACCACAACUGAAACAACUACAACUCAGACACCUACAACAACUACUCCACCCACUACACCUUCUACCACAUCUGAGAAGACAAGUACAACUCAGGCACCUACAACAACCACUACUGCCACUACACCUUCUACCGUAACUGAGACAACAACUACUACUAGGCUACCUACAACAACUCUUUGCCCAGGGGGACAUGAUAUGACGUGUGGCUGGUCAGAAUGGAUAAAUCUUGGCAAACCCACGCCGGGCCCUAAUGGUGGAGAAAAUGAAACCAUCCAGAAUAUAAUCUCUGCUGGUCAUCAUGUUUGUUCAACUCCAGAAGAGGUCCAGUGUAGAGCUGUUCUUUACCCAGGUCUUUCCAUGUCACAGGUGGGACAAGCUGUGACAUGCAAUAAAGAUGUAGGUCUCAUAUGCAACAACAAACAACAAGGGCUUCAGCAGGAGUGUUUCGACUACGAGAUUAAAUUUAAAUGCUGUAGGUGUCCAACACCAUCAACUGCCCCUAUAAAUAUUCCAACUUCAACACCUUCAACUACCACAUAUGUAGCACCUUCCAGCACAACUGAAACAAUUACAACUCAGAAACCUACAACUACUACAACCUCAACACCCACUACCACAACUGAAACAACUACAACUCAGACACCUACAACUACAACAACCACUUCACCCUCUACAGCCACUGAAACAACUACAACUCAGACACCUACAACAACUACUCCACCCACUACACCUUCUACCACAUCUGAGAAGACAAGUACAACUCAGGCACCUACAACAACCACUACUGCCACUACACCUUCUACCGUAACUGAGACAACAACUACUACUAGGCUACCUACAACAACUCUUUGCCCAGGGGGACAUGAUAUGACGUGUGGCUGGUCAGAAUGGAUAAAUCUUGGUAAACCUACGCCGGGCCCUAAUGGUGGAGAAAAUGAAACCAUCCAGAAUAUAAUCUCUGCUGGUUAUCAUGUUUGUUCAACUCCAGAAGAGGUCCAGUGUAGAGCUGUUCUUUACCCAGGUCUUUCCAUGUCACAGGUGGGACAAGCUGUGACAUGCAAUAAAGAUGUAGGUCUCAUAUGCAACAACAAACAACAAGGGCUUCAGCAGGAGUGUUUCGACUACGAGAUUAAAUUUAAAUGCUGUAGGUGUCCAACACCAUCAACUGCCCCUACAAAUAUUCCAACUUCAACACCUUCAACUACCACAUAUGUAGCACCUUCCAGCACAACUGAAACAAUUACAACUCAGAAACCUACAACUACUACAACCUCAACACCCACUACCACAACUGAAACAACUACAACUCAGACACCUACAACUACAACAACCACUACACCCUCUACAGCCACUGAAACAACUACAACUCAGACACCUACAACAACUACUCCACCCACUACACCUUCUACCACAUCUGAGAAGACAAGUACAACUCAGGCACCUACAACAACCACUACUGCCACUACACCUUCUACCGUAACUGAGACAACAACUACUACUAGGCUACCUACAACAACUCUUUGCCCAGGGGGACAUGAUAUGACGUGUGGCUGGUCAGAAUGGAUAAAUCUUGGCAAACCCACGCCGGGCCCUAAUGGUGGAGAAAAUGAAACCAUCCAGAAUAUAAUCUCUGCUGGUCAUCAUGUUUGUUCAACUCCAGAAGAGGUCCAGUGUAGAGCUGUUCUUUACCCAGGUCUUUCCAUGUCACAGGUGGGACAAGCUGUGACAUGCAAUAAAGAUGUAGGUCUCAUAUGCAACAACAAACAACAAGGGCUUCAGCAGGAGUGUUUCGACUACGAGAUUAAAUUUAAAUGCUGUAGGUGUCCAACACCAUCAACUGCCCCUAUAAAUAUUCCAACUUCAACACCUUCAACUACCACAUAUGUAGAACCUUCCAGCACAACUGAAACAAUUACAACUCAGAAACCUACAACUACUACAACCUCAACACCCACUACCACAACUGAAACAACUACAACUCAGACACCUACAACUACAACAACCACUACACCCUCUACAGCCACUGAAACAACUACAACUCAGACACCUACAACAACUACUCCACCCACUACACCUUCUACCACAUCUGAGAAGACAAGUACAACUCAGGCACCUACAACAACCACUACUGCCACUACACCUUCUACCGUAACUGAGACAACAACUACUACUAGGCUACCUACAACAACUCUUUGCCCAGGGGGACAUGAUAUGACGUGUGGCUGGUCAGAAUGGAUAAAUCUUGGUAAACCUACGCCGGGCCCUAAUGGUGGAGAAAAUGAAACCAUCCAGAAUAUAAUCUCUGCUGGUUAUCAUGUUUGUUCAACUCCAGAAGAGGUCCAGUGUAGAGCUGUUCUUUACCCAGGUCUUUCCAUGUCACAGGUGGGACAAGCUGUGACAUGCAAUAAAGAUGUAGGUCUCAUAUGCAACAACAAACAACAAGGGCUUCAGCAGGAGUGUUUCGACUACGAGAUUAAAUUUAAAUGCUGUAGGUGUCCAACACCAUCAACUGCCCCUAAAAAUAUUCCAACUUCAACACCUUCAACUACCACAUAUGUAGCACCUUCCAGCACAAGUGAAACAAUUACAACUCAGAAACCUACAGCUACUACAACCUCUACACCCACUACCACAACUGAAACAACUACAACUCAGACACCUACUACAACUACUCCACCCACUACACCUUCUACCACAUCUGAGAAGACAAGUACAACUCAGGCACCUACAACAACCACUACUGCCACUACACCUUCUACCGUGUCCAACACCAUCAACUGCCCCUACAAAUAUUCCAACUUCAACACCUUCAACUACCACAUACGUAGCACCUUCCAGCACAACUGA